GGCUCCGGCCGGCCGGCGGGCGGGAUGUCGGCGCAGGGGGACUGCGAGUUCUUGGUGAAGCGGGCCCGGGAGCUGGUCCAGGAGGACCUCUGGGCGGCCAAGGCCUGGCUCAUCACCGCGCGGAGCCUCUACCCGGCCGACUGACUUUGCCUGUAUGAGAUGUACACGAUUGAGAGGAACGCAGAACGGACAUCCUCGGCAGGCCGACUGCUGUAUGACGUAUUUGUAAAUUUCCCAGAUCAGCCAGUAGUGUGGCGGGAGAUAAGUGUCAUUACGUCUGCUUUAAGGAAUGACUCUCAGGAUAAGCAGACUCAGUUUUUAAGAGGUUUAUUUGAGACGCUUCCCGGCCGGAUCCAGUGUGAAAUGUUACUGAAGGCCACAGAGCAGUGCUUUAAUACACUCGAACGAGCAGAAAUGCUACUGCUGCUUCUGCGACGUUUCCCCGAAUCGGUGGUUCAGCACGGGGUGGGCCUGGGUGAAAGCUUAUUAGAAGCAGAAAACAUUGAAGACCAAGAAUCACCUGUCAAUUGCUACAGGAAGUUAUUUGUCUGUGAUGUGCUUCCCUUAAUAAUUAACAACCCAGAUGUGCGGCUCCCUGCUGCCUUAUUAUAUAAGUACUUGAACAAAGCUGCAGAAUUUUACAUUAAUUACGUGACAAGAUCAACACAGGUGGAAAGCCAGUAUCAAGGUGCACAGGACGCGCCUGACCUCUUGUCCCCCAGCAAGCGGAACUCCCAGAAAUACGUCAUAGAGGGGCUGACCGAGAAAUCCUCUCAGAUAACGGAUCCCUGGGAACAGGUGUUCAAGAUACUGUCUGUUGUGGGAGUCAGAUGUGAAUGGCAGAUGGAUCUGUCAAGAAGAAGCUUUGGCGACAUAUUGCUCAAAAUGAAAGAUGUCUCUAGAUACAUUGGCAACUAUGAUAAUGAAGCCCAUACAAAAUACAAGACACAAGUGAUCUAUUCCACCGUGCUGGUCUUCUUCAAGAAUGCCUUCCAGUAUGUCAGCAGCAUCCAACCUUCUCUCUUCCAAGGUCCAAAUGCUGCAAACCAAAUCCCACUUGUUCUGUUGGAGGAUGUGUCCAAUGUUUAUGGUGAUACAGACAUUGAUCGUAGCAAACACGUACACAAAAAGCGGAAACUUGCUGAGGGAAGAGAGAAAACCAUGAGCUCUGAUGACGAAGACCCUUCUGGGAAGGGGCGAAACAGGCACGUUGCCAUCCAUGCCGCAGAGCUUCCGAACGCAGUGGAAGUCCUGGAGAGCUUUCGGCUGGCCCGGGAGAGCUGGGAACUUCUUCACUCACUGGAGCCCCUGGACAAGGAAUUCACAAGGAUUUGCGUGUCGUGGAAGACGGACACCUGGCUGUGGCUGCGGAUCUUCCUCACAGACAUGAUCGUCUAUCAGGGUCAGUAUAAAAAGGCCAUCGCCAGUUUGCACCACUUAGCAGCUCUGCAGGGGUCUCACUCGCCACCGCAGAUCCCCGGGCAAGGAUCCCUCGAGAACCAGCGAGCCCUGAUCCAGCUGGCAACCUGCCAUUUUGCCCUCGGGGAGUAUCGGUUCACCUGUGAAAAGGUCCUCGACCUGAUGUGUUACAUGGCCCUUCCCAUACAAGAGGGGGCCAAAGUCCAGGAGGAACAGCCAAAAUCGAAGUCAAAAUUCAGGAAAGCUGCAGAGCUGAAGCUCUGGCCGUGUACCAGUGCAGCCAUCAUGCCGUACUGCUUGCGGUUAUUGCUGGCCUGUUUCAAGCCGAGAGCUUUCACAGACCACCGAGAUGACAUGGCACUGGGUCACGUGAUUGUCUUACUCCAGCAUGAAUGGCCAAGAGGUGAAAACUUGUUCUUGAAAGCAAUCAACAAAAUCUGCCAACAGGGAAACUUCCAGUAUGAAAACUUUUUCAACUAUGUGACCAAUAUUGAUAUGCUGGAAGAAUUUGCCUACUUAAGAACCCAAGAAGGAGGAAAAAUUAACCUGGAACUGUUGCCGAAUCAGGGAAUGUUAAUAAAGCAUCACACGGUGACCAGGGGGAUCACCAAAGGCGUCAAGGAAGAUUUCCGCCUGGCCAUGGAGCGCCAGGUGUCCCGCUGCAGAGAGAACCUGAUGAUGGUUUUGCACAGAUUCUGCAUUAACGAGAAGAUCUUGCUGCUCCAAACACUGUCCUGAGUCCCAGCCACUGGCACCAGCCAGGAGAGGGCAGGCGGCUCUCUUUGGAGGGGGGGGGGGGUUUAGCGUUGUACUUCACUGCAAAUAAAAUGACAUUUUCUAACAAAACCCAAAAAACCCAUGGGUCCAGUACUUGAUCCCUGCACUUUUGUUUCAAAGCCGACCCCCCCCCCGCGCGCGCGCGUGUGCUGGGCAUGCAGGUGCCCUGGAUUCCAGCCUGGCUGCAGAAGCCUAGAGGCUGCUUCACAGAAGCUGAUGCUGGAAUAAAAAUGCUGUUCGUGUUUAAGGUGCUACUAGACUCCUGAGUAUCUUUUUUAACCAUAACCAUAAUCCUGGAUCAGGGAAAAUCUCUCUCUCAUUGGUGGCCAAAGGAGAUCAGAGAUGAGAGCAUGAAGGACAGAGCAGCUGCUGGCAUGUCCUGCAACCUGCCCGGGAGUCCUGCAGAAAGGCCCGUUCGCUAUGGCCCGCCAGGCAGGCUCAUGGCGAGGCUUUUCAUGGGUGGGGAUUGGAAUGCAGGAAGACAAAGGGCCAGGAGGAGGGGGCCAAAGCCACACUGUCUUCCCCAGAGACCCUGGCCUGGCGAAAGAGAAC